CAGGGAACACUUAACAGUGCGCAGUUUCAACUCACACGUGAUUACCUCGAGCUUGCCGAUGAGUUGAAGACAACGACCGUCGGGAACAACAUUUCUGCUAACUGCUCCCUUCUAUUUUUGCAUUUUUUAAAAAAAGUCGAGAUGUGAUCGACAUUGCAUUGGCAAAACUUAGUUAAUAUUUAUUCACCUGUGUUUAGAUAGUAGGCUAUUAAUAGGCUAUAUUUUACUUGUGCCACGCCGUCUUAUAAUGCUCUCGAACACCGAAAAAGAGUUGAUUGUACAGAUAUGGGACAAAAUGAUUCCAGUGGCAGAAGAUAUUGGAUCUGAGGCUCUUCUAAGGAUGUUCACAACGUUCCCCAAAACAAAGACAUACUUCUCUCAUCUAGACAUCAGCCCCCGUUCAGAGCAUUUGCGCUGCCACGGGAAGAAAAUCGUCCAGGCUUUAGCCGAAGGUGCGAGGAACAUAAGCACACUUACUACAACUCUGGCACCGCUUAGCAGGUUCCAUGCCUAUCAACUGCGAAUACAUCCUACAAACUUCAAGCUUCUCAAUCAUUGCAUUCUUGUGACAUUAGCCUGCUUUAUGGGUGAAAACUUCACUCCAGUUGCACACGCGGCGAUAGACAAGUAUCUUUCGGCAUUCUCAGCGGUUUUAGCCGAGAAGUUCCGAUGAAGACCCAUCCGAAGGCACAUGGGACGGUCCUGAUCAUUCUGUCUUUAAUAAAUAAAUAAUACAUGUUUUACCAAA